AUGUUGAAAGCACACAAAAACACGCGCAAAGCCACACCAGACGAUCAAAUUCGCUUCUUGAUCGCGUGCUGCAAACACUCAAACUAUGGAAGAAUCGAUCAUGCUGCCGUUGCAACAGACUGUGGAAUUACCAGCAAGGGAGCAUCGGCCAAACGGUAUGAAAGACUGUUGAAAGCAUACAGCACCCCGGAAGGUACAUGCGAGGUCGCAGACCCUGAUGAUGAUGCCGACGACGAUGAAGUCCCCAUGGCAGCAUUAGCUCACAAGAGAAAGGCGACUGAUGAUGAUCUUGUCGAGGCGAGGUCGACCAAAAAGCAGGCCAACAACAGACAGUUCAUGGCUCCAUCGACUGUGAAGGCGUCAAACAUCACCGCACCUGAUAUCACCAGAGCUUCGUUGAAGAGUCAAGUCCCUCCGGUCGAGCAGAGAAAAACGAAAACGGCGGCCCCCGUCAGACUACCCAAUCAUCUCCCUGCUCGCCCUCCCUCGCCACGUCCCUCGAGCCAGCGAACGACGGAGCACAUGUUGUUCCCGGAUAUUCCCCCUGCUUACUUUGCACCGAUGCCGAGCGCACAUUAUCCUCCGCCGUACACUCACCUCAUGCCAUCUUUCCCACCAAGUAGAUACGACUACUUCUCACCUGGCAGGGUCCCAUCUCCUGAUGUCCCUAGGGAUUUUGUUAGGCGCUAUCAAGAGGCAAACUCGAUGCUCCGUGGGGAUGAUCAUGAUCUUGAUAGGCACAGUAGUGGAGAGUUGUUCAAGCCCGUCAUUGGAGAGCGUUACCCCAUUCGUCUCAAACCGCAAGCUCCUCCUGUUCAAGGCCAUGGCGCUGUCGAUCACCAGCCAAAGAUUCCACCUCCGCCACAGGAGGUCCAACCAGCUCCUGCGAAACCAAUGGCCGAGAAGGAAGACUUUAAUUCGGAGUUGUAG